UUCAACUUCUCCUUCGUGUUCCACCACCAUCACCUUGCUCCAGACUUAGGACUUUCAGCAACCUUCAAAGAUGUCUUCCCCUCUCAAGAACGCCUUGGUGACCGCCAUGUUGGCUGGUGGUGCUCUCAGCUCGCCUACAAAGCAACACGUUGGAAUUCCCGUCAACGCCUCUCCUGAAGUUGGCCCCGGAAAGUACUCGUUCAAGCAAGUCCGGAACCCCAACUACAAGUUCAACGGGCCUCUGUCGGUCAAGAAGACGUACCUCAAGUACGGCGUGCCGAUCCCAGCCUGGCUGGAGGAUGCUGUCCAGAACUCUACCUCGGGCCUGGCUGAGCGCUCGACCGGUUCUGCGACCACAACUCCCAUCGACAGCCUCGAUGAUGCUUACAUCACUCCGGUUCAGAUCGGCACCCCUGCGCAGACUCUGAACCUGGACUUUGACACUGGAUCUUCGGAUCUGUGGGUCUUCAGCAGCGAGACUACAGCCAGCGAGGUCGAUGGGCAGACCAUCUACACCCCCAGCAAGAGCACCACCGCCAAGCUGCUGUCGGGCGCUACCUGGUCCAUCUCCUACGGAGACGGUAGCUCUUCCAGCGGCGAUGUCUACACUGACACCGUCUCGGUUGGAGGCCUUACCGUGACGGGCCAGGCUGUCGAGUCGGCCAAGAAGGUUUCUUCCAGCUUCACCGAGGACUCGACCAUUGACGGUCUCCUGGGCCUGGCCUUCAGCACCCUGAACACUGUGUCGCCUACCCAGCAAAAGACUUUCUUCGACAAUGCGAAGGCGUCCUUGGACUCGCCUGUGUUCACGGCUGAUCUUGGCUACCAUGCCCCUGGUACCUACAACUUCGGCUUCAUCGAUACCACUGCCUACACGGGCUCCAUCACCUACACCGCUGUCUCGACCAAGCAAGGGUUCUGGGAGUGGACUUCGACCGGCUACGCCGUCGGCUCCGGCACCUUCAAGUCGACUUCCAUCGACGGCAUCGCUGACACUGGCACGACCCUCCUGUACCUCCCUGCCACCGUCGUGUCGGCCUACUGGGCCCAGGUCUCGGGCGCCAAGUCCAGCUCUUCCGUCGGCGGCUACGUCUUCCCCUGCAGCGCGACCCUGCCUUCCUUCACCUUCGGCGUUGGCUCAGCUCGCAUUGUGAUUCCUGGCGACUACAUUGAUUUCGGCCCCAUCUCCACUGGAAGCUCGUCUUGCUUUGGCGGCAUCCAGUCCAGCGCUGGUAUCGGCAUCAACAUCUUCGGUGAUGUCGCUCUGAAGGCCGCCUUUGUCGUCUUCAACGGGGCUACAACUCCCACUCUUGGCUUUGCUUCCAAGUAA